UUGGCUUGGUGGACAAGAACAACAAUCCCCUCAGCCACGCCAUGUACAACAUGACUUCACUGCGGGAGCUUGGUGAGAACCAGAGGAAACCCUGCCACAUCAAAGUCCCCGAAGCAACCCUGCGCAAGAUUGAGAACUACCUGAAUCACUAUCCAGUGGACAUCAGGGAGUCCAGGCCCCGGAUCGCUGACGACAUGAUGAACCUGAGCAAGGAAUCAGGUGCGAUAAGCGAUGCAAUCACGGGGAAGACCUACAUUCCCAUGUUGGAAGCAGAGGAAGUUCGCCUUAGCCAGAAUCUCCUGGCCCUGUGGAAAAGGAGAGGAUCCUCGUGGCAGGAAAGCCACCCGCUGCCAGUAGAUCCUCACAAGGACACCAUCCUAUCGGCCAUUGAGCAGAACCCCGUAGUGGUAAUAGCAGGAGACACAGGCUGUGGGAAAACCACCAGGAUCCCUCAGCUCCUGCUGGAACACUACAUCAUGGAGGGCCGCGGCGCCCGCUGCAACGUCGUCAUCACCCAGCCCAGGAGGAUCAGCGCCAUCUCGGUCGCCCAGCGCGUGGCGCAGGAAUUGGGUCCCAACAUGAGGAAGAACGUGGGCUACCAGGUGCGACUGGAGAGCAAACCACCAGCCAGGGGAGGAGCCCUGCUCUUCUGCACCGUAGGCAUCCUCCUGCGGAAGCUGCAGGGCAACCCCAGCCUGGAGGGCGUCAGCCACGUCGUGGUCGAUGAGGUCCACGAGCGAGACGUCAACACCGAGCUGAAAGGCAUCCAGAAGCUCAACCCUGACCUGCGCCUGGUCCUGAUGAGCGCCACGGGAGACAAUCAACGUUUCUCGCAUUAUUUUGGGGAUUGCCCCGUGGUCAAGGUGCCGGGUUUCAUGUACCCGGUGAAGGAGUACUACCUGGAGGAGAUCUUGGCCAAGCUGGGCCGGCACCGACACCGGCUUAUCCAGCAAUCGGAUGACGAAUGUGUCCUUGAUCUUGAUCUGAUCACCGACCUCGUACUCCAAAUCGAUGCUCACGGAGAACCAGGUGGGAUCCUCUGCUUCCUCCCCGGUUGGCAGGAAAUCAAAGGAGUGCAGCAGCGCCUGCUCGAGAUGCUGGGCUCUCAGAACAGCCGGUACCUCGUCCUACCAGUGCACUCCAACAUCCCCAUGAUGGACCAGCAAAACAUCUUCCAGCGGCCUCCGCCUGGCGUCAGGAAAAUCGUCCUGGCCACCAACAUCGCCGAGACGUCCAUCACCAUCAAUGACAUUGUCCAUGUGGUGGACAGUGGCACGCACAAGGAGGAGCGCUAUGAUUUAAAGACCAAGGUGUCCUGCCUGGAGACGGUGUGGGUGUCCAAGUCGAACGUGGUGCAGAGGCGAGGCCGCGCUGGCCGCUGUCAGUCGGGAUUUGCCUAUCACCUCUUCCCUCGCAGCCGCCUGGACAAGAUGCCAACUUACCAGGUUCCAGAGAUCCUCCGCACCCCGCUGGAGAACCUGGUGGUUCAGGCCAAGAUCCACAUGCCGGAGAAAACGGCGGUUGAAUUUCUCUCCAAGGCUCUGGACAGCCCUGACAUCAAAGCUGUGGAUGAAGCAGUGAUCUUGCUGCAGGAGAUCGGAGUCCUGGACCAGCGAGAAGCCCUCACCACUUUGGGCAAACGCCUCGCCCAGAUCUCCACGGAUCCUCGGCUGGCAAAAGCCAUCGUCUUGGCAUCCAUCUACCGCUGCCUCCACCCCUUGCUCGUCAUCGUUUCCUGCCUCACCCGGGACCCCUUCAGCAGCAGCCUGCAAAACCGUGCGGAGGUGGACAAGGCCAAGGCUGUUCUGAGCCGGGAGAGCGGGAGCGAUCACCUCGCGUUUGUCAGAGCUGUGGCGGGCUGGGAGGAGGUGCUGAGACGCAGAGACAGCCGUGCCAGGGACAACUACCUGCAGGACUACUACCUGUACGGCCCCAGCCUUCGCUUCAUCAAUGGCCUUGUCAAGCAGUUCUCGGAGAACCUCUACGAAGCCUUCUUGGUGUCGUCCCCGUCUGACUGUACCAUGCCCUCGUCUGUAUGUAACCAGUACAGCGAAGAGGAGGAACUGGUCAAGGGAGUCCUCAUGGCUGGGCUCUACCCCAACCUCAUCCAGGUGAGACAAGGCAAAGUGACUCGUCAAGGGAAGUUCAAACCCAACAGCUACGCGUAUCGGACAAAGGCCGGCACCGUUCUGCUCCACAAGUCAACCAUCAACAGGGAGGCAUCCAAGCUGUACAGCCGCUGGCUCACCUACUUCAUGGCGGUCAAGUCCAACGGCGGGGUGUUUGUGCGGGAUUCCUCCCAGGUCCACCCGCUGGCCGUGCUGCUCAUGACCGACACCGACAUCCACGUCCGAGGUGAGUGCUGCAUGGCCACCCACGCGUCCUCUUGUGCCACUGUGGGCUUCUCCUGCCAUGCUUGA